GCACCACACUGUCCUUCACAACAAUUCUCCACGCUCUCAAUAAACAAUUCCCCAAAAUCAGCAAAGAAUUUUGUCUGUUCACAGAUUCUUCAAUAAUCUUCAUUCAUUAAUCAAUCAAGUAUCUAUAAAAUCAUUUGCUAAUCCUUUCAUAUGACUUCACACACUUCAAUUUAGCUCCGUAGAACUUACUAGAAGCUGUAAUUACUUUAUGAUGAAGCAGGAGUUUUAGUAGCGUGUUGAAUCUAGGGUUUCUCAUGCUUCAGGGUUGGACUAUUGCGAUAAAGAUUACACAUCUUCUGUAGCUAAGGAGUCAUCUCUAAACUAUAUAGAUAACUUAAUUACAAAUCAGACAGUUCAGAAUAAUAUGGGAACAAAUAUCCGCAGUGGCAUAGGAAGAAGAUCAUCAAAUGAGACGUUGAGGAUAAUAGUAACAACUUUCAUCAGCAUUGUAUUUGGAUUUUUUUUAGGUGUAUCCUUCCCAACAAUUUCAUUAACCAAGAUUAACCUUCCAUCAACUCUACUCCCCUCCAUUGAUCUUGGUUACAUAGAAGACAAGUACUCAGGCCUCUCAUCACAAGCAUUGUUAAACGUUUGGUCUUCUCUAAGGAAUAAGGGUAUUUCAUUUCACGAACCUGAGGACACAAAGAUAUGGGUUCCAACAAACCCUCGAGGCGCUGAAACGCUACCGCCAGGCAUUGUUACAUCUGAGUCCGAUCUCUACCUCCGCAGAUUAUACGGUACACCCAGUGAGGAUUUGAUCAUUAAACCGAGGUACCUUGUAACAUUUACAGUGGGUUAUGAACAGAAGGAUAACAUUGAUAAAGCAGUGAAGAAGUUCUCAGAAAAUUUCUCCGUCUUGCUGUUUCACUAUGAUGGUCGAACAAGUGAAUGGAAUGAGUUUGAAUGGUCAAACAGGGCUAUUCAUGUCAGUGUUCCCAAGCAAACUAAAUGGUGGUAUGCGAAGCGUUUUUUGCAUCCGGACAUCUUGGCACCGUAUGACUAUAUAUUCAUCUGGGAUGAGGAUCUUGGAUUGGAGGACUUCGAUCCCGAAAGGUACAUAAGCUUGAUCAAGAAGCAUGGAUUAGAAAUUUCCCAGCCAGGUUUAUCAGCUAAUAGUGGAUUAACAUGGCAGAUGACUAGAAAACGAGAUGAUAGUGAAGUGCACAAAGACGCUGAGGAAAGAGAUGGCUGGUGCACUGAUCCUCAUUUGCCACCAUGUGCCGCAUUUGUUGAGAUAAUGGCACCUGUUUUCUCCCGGAAUGCGUGGCGUUGUGUUUGGCAUAUGAUCCAGAAUGAUUUAGUCCAUGGGUGGGGCCUUGAUUUUGCUCUUAGGAGAUGCGUGGAGCCUGCUCAUGAAAAGAUAGGAGUUGUAGAUGCCCAGUGGGUGGUUCAUCAAACAGUCCCUUCACUUGGAAACCAGGGACAAGCCGAGAAUGGAAAGGCUGCAUGGGAAGGGGUGAGGGAGAGGUGUAAGAAAGAGUGGCAAACAUUUCAAAUUCGGAUGACGUUAGCAGAAAGAGCUUACCUGAAGGCCAAUGGAAUAGAUCAAAUUAAUUCAACAAACAGCUAGGGAAAUUGGAUUUGGUCCAAAUGGUUUUUGUAUUUAAGUUUAAAAUGACGGUAGUUAAGUGUUAAAAAUAGAUCUAAAGAGUAAAUAGAAGUAUUCUAUCACGUAACAUGUAUGUGUGUAUUGAUUACCGUUUAUCAGGUCAUGUAUAAUUUUGAUUACUUUAUAUAGGUAAGGUAAGCGAGUAGUAUUCUCUAGAAAAA